UUCAAGUAUCAAGUCCAUUUACUCAUUGGAUCGACUCGCAACUGUUCAGUAUUAUUAUUUAUUUUGAUCUGUGUGGUAACGUUUGAAUAUAUUUUUCAAAGUAAGGGUGUAUUUUUAUUAGCAGGUACAGCUAUGAAGGGGUUGGUGGUAGUUUUUGGGGUUUUUCUUGCCCUGAAUUUCGAAAAUGAAGUGUCGGCUGGCUGGAAGGGUUGGAAAGGGGAGAUAGACUGGUGGCAGAACACGAUUAUCUAUCAGAUUUAUCCGAGGUCGUUCCAGGAUUCUAACGGGGAUGGUAUUGGAGAUUUGAAAGGUAUUGAAUCAAGACUAGACCAUCUGAAAGACACAGACAUAGGAACGUUCUGGAUGUCACCCAUCUUCAAAUCACCCAUGGCCGAUUUGGGAUACGAUAUUGCCAAUUACACAAAUGUGGAUCCCAUUUUUGGAACCAUACAGGAUUUCAAGGAUCUGAUGAGAAAGGCUAAAAAGAAAGGUCUGAAGGUUCUCAACGAUUUUGUUCCCAACCACUCGAGUGAUGAAUGCGAAUGGUUUAAGAAAUCGAUAAAGAGAAUCGAGCCCUAUACUAACUACUAUAUCUGGAAGGACGCUAAACUUGUAGAUGGGAACAGGACUGUGCCUAACAACUGGCAAAACCUUUUCGGGACAGGAAGUGCUUGGGAAUGGAACGAGGAAAGAGGUCAAUACUACUACCAUAACUUCCAUAAGAAACAACCCGACCUCAAUUACAGAAAUGAAACUGUUAUUGCAGCUAUGGAGGAAGUAAUGAAGUUCUGGCUGGACCUGGGUGUGGAUGGAUUCCGUAUGGAUGCUCUCAAAUACAUGGUGGAAGACAAGGACUUCAGAGACGAGAUCAUGAUCGAUGAGGAUGGACCCGUCACUUAUGACAACAUGUACCACAACAUGACUUCCGAACUACCAGAAACAAUUGCCAUCAUCAAGAGGUGGAGAAAGUUCAUAGAGAACUAUCGGCUCAAUGCUGAGGAGAAACAUACUAGGUUGAUGUUAGCAGAGGUAUACGCGGACAUAGAUCACACGAUGUCAUACUAUGGCACCAACGAGGAGCCCGUGGCUCAUAUGCCGUUCAACUUCUUCCCGAUCACAGAUCUGACUUUCGCCAGCAAUGCCUCUGCAUUCGAGGCUGUCAUCAAGAAGUGGAUUGACAACAUGCCCGACGGUUGCUGGCCUAACUGGGUUAUUGGAAACCACGACAACUACCGUGUAGCUACCAGGAUGGGCGAAGAGAUGGUAGACAUGAUGGCGAUGUUUACCAUGCUGCUACCAGGCACAGUGAUCACCUACCAGGGCGAGGAGGUCGGCCAAACCAACACCCUCGUGAGGCCAGACCAGUUCGUCGACCCCAACAACAAUGGGCCUGGCUCAGAGAUCAACCGGGACCCCCAGAGAGGACCGUUCCUAUGGGAUAGCUCUGACAAUGCUGGUUUCACGAAACAGAAGAAACCCUGGCAGCCGAUCAACCCCAACUUCUGGACGACAAACCUGAAGGCGCAAACCGAGGCGAAAUACAGCCACUACCAGGUCUACAGGAAGUUGGCUAAGCUGCGUCAUCAUCCGACCAUCCAGAGGGGAAGUCUGGAAACUCAUGUCAUUUCUCCAUGGGUCUUCUCGUUUGUACGUCGGCUCAAGGGAGAAGACACGAUUAUCGUAGUCCUGAACCUUGGAAGUGAAGGAGAGACAGUGGCCGUGGGAGAGACAAUCAGAGACCUGCCGGACACCCUCUCUAUUAUGGUGCCUAGUGUCAACUCCAUUCCUGAAACUGGAGUGAAAAUCAACUCCAGAGCUGACCGUAACAAGCCCGCACAUCUCCUGUUACUUCGUCCGAAAUCAGCUGUUGUCUUGACCGACGGAGAGGUCAAAGAGGAUGAUGAGAACUCCCAAUCGAGAACGAAGAACUCCGCUAGCAGCUCCCAAAAAUCUCUACCACUCAUCAUCUUGGCCACUCUAUCAAUCUUUGCGUCUAUGGCCAUCUGUGUCUCCAAGAACCUAUGAAGUCUGUCCAGUUUGUACGAAGCCAGAGAUUAGAAAUCACUUCUCUUAGACGAUAUUGGUUUUAUUUUCUUUUCUCUAUGGCGAUAAUUGGAACUUUUGAAAUCUUUACAGUAUGUACGAUACCAGGGAUUAGAAUUUAUUACUUCUCUUACAAGAGAUUAGUUUUUUUUCUCUUUGACGAUAAUUAGAACUUUUGAAAUCUUUACAGUAUGUACGAUACCAGAUAUAAGAAAUUAAUUCUGUUACAAGAUAUUGGUUUUCUUUUCUCUAUGACGAUAAUAAUCGAGGUCAAUACACACUCAGCUAUGUUUAGCUAGAGAUACGUCUUCGGAAGGCAUAGCCAUCCUAUCUCUCAAUUUUGUAUCCACAUAUAUUUUUAGCGUAGAGUAGCCAGGUGUGUCUCUGUACAUUUAGCUACGCUAAGCUGAAAUACAUUCUAUCUCUCAAUGUUAACCCUACAGAGACACACUUACUUCAUGCUAACACAGUAGACACACUGGGGAGUUGAACACCCCAAUUAAAUUUUGAUUUUUUCUUUGAAAAAUAUGAAAAAAAGGGUACUUAGACCAUACUUCAUCAUUUCUCAAUUAUUUUUGUGCCAAGUGCAUACAGAAAUCAAAAGUGAAGCACUGCUUAUCAAUAUCUCUUGAAUGUAUUUAAAUGGAAUAAAUGAGAAUCGAAGUUGAAUCUUGAACAAACUGGCAAUAAAAAUAGGAAAAAUGAAGAACAAUAUUUGAACAAAAAUAAACAAUUCACUUGAAUUUGUAAAAUAGUAAUGGUAAUCUCAGAUUUGAGCAGCUGGCAGUCUGUGAUCUAUGGUUUUGUUAAAUCAUGCUUUGUUGAACCAUGUUUUGUUAAACCAUGGUUUGUUGUGAUGAUUGUUUUAUUAAACCGUGCCUUCUUCUGAAGGUGGUUUAGUCGAAUAUGAUAUUUAUUGAUCUACAAUAUUAAAACCGUAUAUUCACGA